UAAGACUUUUGGUUAACAUAUUUUUCCAAAAAAUUCCUUCUCUUUCCGAGCAGCCGAUGGUGACAAAAAUAUUUCGUCCUCCGCAAGGGAAUGCGCGAGGACAAACCACGUCUGAGGCUACUACUCUUCUCGUGAUUGUGUUGGAGACAUUUACGUCACUUGUUGCAAUACUCCCGUCGAAAUAUAAAAUUGACAUAAUUCCUAUCGCGUUUUAUGUUUAUAUUUCUAUCGUACUCGAUUCCAAAUUUCAGAAAGAACUUGUAUCACAGGUUCUUAUGAACAUUAAGCUUUUGUGUGUCAACAUAGAGUCUCAAUUUGAAGAAGAAUUGUUUGAAAAUUUUUCACCGACUGUCAAGUCAACAAUAUCCUCGAUGAUAUCCAAGCUUUCGUUGAUCAUGAGUCAAAACGAGAGAAACGAAGACAAUGUUUCUAUAAUAAAAAAUGGCAUGCUGGCUACAGUAUUGCUGUUCACAUCUUGCCCAAAAUCAUGUGUUCAAAUGCACACGUCACAAAAAAAUUUUACCGAGAUAUUAAAUAAAGGAUUCUAUUCCGAGAAUGCUACGAUUUCUAUAACAUCUCUUCAGUGUACUCGGACUUUAAUUUUACUUUCGUCCAAACAAACAAACAUGAUUCUAACAAACAAUGAUAUUUCCGAAUCGAUGAAAAUUAGUCAUAAUUUCACUAAGGCCCUUAUGCCUCAAGUGAUUUUGUUUAUAAAAAGUUUAAAUGAGAAAUACAAGAAUCACGUUUUCUCUCAAGAUGAGGCCAGCGUGCUAAAUGUUGUUGAAGAAUCAGUAAAGACCUUACUGACUAUAAAUGCUGCGGCACAGGAUUCACAAAGAACGGAAAUUAUGGCAAUCACGCUGCCUAUCUUGAUAUAUUUAUUGACAGAUUCCUCACUUGAAAAAUAUUCGCAACCAGAUGUGCCUACACUUCACAAAAUCUCUAUAACACACAUACUUUCACUUGCAGGACUGCAACCACAAAAUUUCAGAGAAACGGUGGCUGCCCUAUCCCCAGAACAAAAAACAAAGUUAGAAGCAGCAAUUAAAUUUAAUGAAUAA